AUGCCGAUAGCCGCACUGCGCGAUGCUUGUCGUCCUUCGUCAGAGAUCGCAUCGAACAUAGCCUACCACUCCCGCUACAGCCCUCAUUUCUCCCCUCUCAAGUUCGACCCUGAGCAGGCUUUCUAUGCCGCGGCGGAGAGCGUCCGCGAUCGCCUUAUCCAGAGCUGGAAUGAGACGUUCCUCCACUUUCACAAAGCCGAUCCCAAACAGACCUACUAUCUGUCGAUGGAGUACCUUCAAGGCCGAGCUCUCUCUAAUGCCAUCGGUAAUUUAGGCAUCCGAGAUGCUUAUGCUGAUGCCUUGACGAAACUGGGUCAUCAGCUCGAAAAAGUUGCAGAGCAGGAGAAAGAUGCGGCGUUGGGAAAUGGAGGGUUAGGAAGGCUCGCAUCUUGCUUUCUAGAUUCUAUGGCGACGUUGAAUUUGCCUGCUUGGGGCUACGGUUUACGGUACAGAUAUGGGCUUUUUAAGCAGAAGAUAUCUAAGGAGGGACAGGAAGAACUGGCUGAGGAUUGGCUUGAGAAGUUCAGUCCUUGGGAAGUUGUCAGGCAUGAUAUUGUAUUUCCCAUAAGGUUCUUUGGCCAUGUCGAGGUCUCUCCUACAGGAUCCCGAAAAUGGGUUGGGGGAGAGGUUAUUCAGGCACUUGCAUAUGACGUACCGAUUCCUGGAUACAAAACGAAAAACACUAUCAGUCUUCGUCUAUGGGAAGCAAAAGCUAGUGCAGAAGAUUUCAAUCUGUUUCAGUUUAAUGACGGGCAGUAUGACUCUGCUGCUCAACUUCACUCCAAGGCUCAGCAGAUAUGUGCAGUUUUAUACCCUGGAGACGCUACUGAAGAUGGGAAGAUUCUAAGACUGAAACAACAGUUUUUUCUUUGCAGUGCAUCACUGCAGGAUAUCAUUUUCCGAUUCAAGGAGAGAAGAGAUGGCAAAGGAGCAUGGCAGUGGUCAAAUUUCCCAGACAAGGUUGCCGUUCAGUUGAAUGAUACUCAUCCAACUCUUGCUAUCCCAGAACUGAUGAGACUACUCAUGGAUGACGAGGGGCUUGGUUGGGAUGAAGCUUGGGAUAUAACAUCAAGGACAAUUGCUUAUACAAAUCACACAGUUCUCCCAGAAGCACUAGAGAAAUGGUCACAGUCUAUAAUGGCUAAACUGCUUCCUCGUCAUUUGGAGAUCAUAAAAGAAAUUGAUAAGAGGUUUAUAGCUAUGGUAAUGUCUGGCUCAACUGGUAUGGAGAGCAAGAUUGCCACAAUGAGGAUACUUGAUGACUCCAAUCCCCAGAAGCCUGUUGUACGCAUGGCUAAUUUGUGUGUGGUGUCUUCACACAAGGUAAAUGGAGUUGCUCAGCUACACAGUGACAUCUUAAAAUCAGAGUUAUUUGCGGAUUAUGUCUCCAUAUGGCCUACCAAAUUUCAAAACAAAACUAAUGGCAUUACACCUCGAAGGUGGCUUCGCUUUUGCAACCCAGACUUGAGUGAUAUAAUUAGCAAAUGGCUGAAAACAGAUGAAUGGAUUACUAACCUUGACAUUCUUACCGGCCUUCGCCAAUUUGCUGACAACGAGGAGUUGCAUGCUGAGUGGGCCUCAGCCAAGAUGGCCAGCAAAUACCGCCUGGCACAGUAUGUAUUGCAAGUGACGGGUGUGACAAUUGACCCCAAUAGCCUCUUUGACAUUCAAGUCAAGCGCAUACACGAGUAUAAGAGACAGUUGCUUAACAUUUUGGGUGCAGUAUAUCGAUACAAGAAACUGAAGGAAAUGAGCAUCGAAGAGAGAAAGAAAACAACACCACGGACAAUUAUGCUUGGAGGAAAAGCAUUUGCAACAUACACCAAUGCUAAAAGAAUAGUCAAGCUGGUGAAUGAUGUUGGUGCAGCCGUCAAUAAUGAUCCUGAUGUCAACAGCUAUUUGAAGGUGGUCUUUGUACCAAACUACAAUGUAUCUGUUGCCGAAAUGCUCAUCCCUGGUAGUGAGCUGUCUCAACACAUCAGCACUGCAGGCAUGGAGGCUAGCGGAACUAGCAACAUGAAAUUUUCAUUGAAUGGUUGCCUCAUAAUUGGAACUCUAGACGGUGCAAAUGUUGAAAUCAGAGAAGAGAUAGGGGAAGAAAAUUUCUUCCUUUUUGGUGCCAAAGCAGAUGAGGUUCCAAGACUGCGCAAGGAGAGAGAAGCAGGACUGUUUAAGACAGAUCCGCGAUUUGAAGAGGCCAAGCUAUAUAUAAGAAGUGGCGUCUUUGGUAGCUACGAUUACAAUCCUCUCCUAGAUUCAUUGGAAGGAAAUUCUGGUUAUGGGCGAGGCGAUUAUUUCCUCGUUGGUCAUGACUUCCCAAGCUAUAUGGAUGCUCAGGCCAGAGUGGACGAAGCGUACAAGGACAGAAAACGAUGGCUGAAGAUGUCCAUUUUAAGCACUGCAGGAAGUGGCAAGUUCAGCAGUGACAGAACAAUUGCUCAGUAUGCAAAUGAAAUAUGGGGAAUAAAGCCCUGUCCAGCUCCAUAAGCUUUUUCAAGGAGCUCAGCUUCCAAAUAACGCAUAUACUUAUAAAAAGGCACAAGUGCUGUAUAAACACAUCACAUAUCCGUUCUAUAUGAUGGACUGCAUUCUUGAAAUGUAUGUGCUUUUGGUUCUUAAAGAGUUAUACUUCCAGCAAAGCAUGCACACAGAUUUGAAGUCGUGGGUAUCCUCAAGGUAAAACAUCGUCGAGAUAAUCGUUGUGCAAAUACAAGAUGGCGGCCAAACUUUCUUGUUCA